AUGGUGCGUCAGCUGCACGACGGUAUGAUGGCGCGAGUCACGGACAACAGAGCUAUCUCAGAGGCAAUCGCAGUGACCAAUGGAGUGAAGCAGGGCUGCGUAUUGGCGCCUACCCUAUUCGGUCUUAUGUUCUCUGCCAUGCUGAUGGACGCCUACCGCGACGAACGCCCCGGGAUCCGCAUCGACUACAGGACAGACGGUCGCCUCCUGAAUCAACGGCGGAUGCACUUCCAAUCGCGCAUAUCCACAACCAACGUUCACGAACUCCUCUUCGCCGACGACUGCGCCCUGAACACCACCUCGGAAGAGGAGACGCAACGGAGCAUGGACCUGUUCUCCGCCGCCUGCGAGAACUUCGGUCUGGUCAUUAAGACGCAGAAGACGGUGGUGAUACACCAAACGCCACCCAACUCAACCACAGCCCCCAACGCGCCGCCGCAAAUCAGCGUGAACGGAACCCAACUGCAAGUGGUGGAGAACUUCCCGUACCUGGGCAGUACUCUCUCCUGCAACACCAAGAUCGACGACAAAGUCGCCAACAGGAUCUCAAAAGCCAGUCAAGCCUUCUGUCGCCUCCAAAGCACAGUUUGGAAUCGCCACGGUCUUCAACUGAGCACGAAACUGAAGAUGUACAAAGCAGGCAGGCCGUCUGAACCACUUCCACCUCAGUUGUCUUCCUCGCAUCCUGAGGCUGAACUGGCAGGAUCGAAUCCCCGACACUGA